AUGACAGCUGACCAGGAUAAUGGACUACAUGAAUUCAAGUUGUCGAGAGCAGAGUGGGUGGUUAUCAAGGACUUGCAUGAUAUCUUGCAGGUCCUGAAGGAUGUGACACUGUAUUUUUCCUGCUUGACACCAAGCCUCACAACAGUUAUCCCUGCUAUGGAUCAUAUAGACCAAGUUCUCGCCACUGCUGCUCUCGAUGACAUCAAAUUUUCAGCACCUAUCUGUGCAGUGCUUACCAUUUCGAAGGACACUCUGAAUGUAUACUACAACAAGACUGACCAGUCGAAGCUUUAUCAGAUCGCCAUGGUCUUGCACUCUUGCCAAAAACUUACCUAUUUCCGUGACGCUCAGUGGCCGUUAGCCUGGAUAAAUGAGGCUGAAGAAUUAGUGAAGACAGAAUUUGAGAAAAAGUAUAAGGAUAGAGUGUUGGAUGUAACUGAGGAGGAUACCCUGGCAGUGGACACCAAAGGAAAAGGUGCUGAACAGGUGUGUGGUAUUUUAUCUUAUUCAUUCCGCCAUGCUGACCUUGUUAAAUGGACUUUCUUUAGGCCUUGA